AAAUUUAUACAUUUUUAGUGAUUUCCAGUGUUUUAAACACUUUCAACCCUCAUUUGCCGGGUAGUCUACCGUUUAGAAUAAAGUCGUAUGCAUUGUCGGUUUCUGACAACACAUUUUUUUUUUUUUUUUUUUUUUUUUAAAUAUUUGGCAUCACAGACCUCUGAUGUGUUUUUAAGUAUACUCGUGACAGUAAACUAACAAUGUUACUGACUAGCACAAACACUGCAUGAAGAAACCUGGUAGGCCUACCCGUAUCUGAAACAAGUUGUCUCGGAUAGCCUAAGGUGUCGGGGGGGGUUUCUUCUUGCAGCAUCUGUGCUAGUCGGAAGCAUAAAGGUAAUGCUAUGAGUGAAUUCCAAAAUAAUCAAAGUACAGGUGCAGAUACAUGUAUUUGUAAUGAAGUUUCCAGGAGAAAUACACGUCAGUUUUCAACAACUCCAGACAUUAGUUUACUUCGUCAUUUGAAAACUCGAAUCAAACUGAAUGGACCAGUGACAGUUGCAGAAUACAUGCGAGAAGUUCUUACAAACCCACUAAUGGGAUAUUACAUGAAUCGAGAUGUAUUUGGUAGUGAAGGAGAUUUUAUUACAUCUCCUGAAAUCAGCCAGAUGUUUGGUGAGUUGAUAGGUAUCUGGUGUUUGAAUGAGUGGAUGCAGGAUGGCCACACUAACAAGUUACAGAUUGUGGAACUGGGUCCAGGAAGAGGAACAUUAGCAGAUGAUAUGCUCCGGGUGUUUUCCAAGUUCAAAGAGGCCAAGGACAGUGUUUCGCUCCACCUGGUGGAGGUCAGUCCGACACUUAGUGCGAUGCAAGAGGCCAAACUGACAGGCCAAGAUGUGAAGUCGAUGCCAGUGAAACCUGACAAACUGAAUGACAACAACAAACAUUACAGAGAAUGUAUUUCAAAGUAUGGCCAUCCUGUGUACUGGUAUAAAACACUUAGUGAUGUGCCCAGAGGACUUUCAUGUUUUGUGGCUCAUGAAUUCCUUGAUGCUCUGCCGAUACACAAGUUUCAGAAGACAGAUCGAGGCUGGUGUGAAGUUCUUGUUGAUAGUGAUGACUCUUCAACAUCAGAACUCCGGUUUGUCCUGUCAAAUGGUCCAACGACGGCACUCAAAGUUUUCUUGCAGGUAGAUCCUGAUGACAGCAGAGAUCAUAUUGAAGUCUGUCCAGAAUCUGGUAUAGUCAUCCAGGAACUUAGCAGCAGAAUCAACCAAGAUGGAGGAUAUGCUCUUAUUGCUGAUUAUGGACACAAUGGAGAGAAAACAGACACAUUUAGAGGUUUCAAGAAGCACCAGUUACAUGAUGUGUUAAAGGAUCCUGGAUCAGCCGACCUCACAGCAGAUGUUGACUUUGCUUAUCUCAAGAAAGUGACAGAAAAUCUGGUCAAAACCUAUGGACCCAUCACUCAGCAGACAUUUUUAGAAAAUAUGGGAAUUGGAGUGAGAUUGCAGGUCUUGCUACAGAAAGCCAGCACAGAGAACUGGAAGGACUUGAUUUCUGGAUACAAGAUGUUGACAGACAAAGACAAAAUGGGAGAAAGAUUUAAAUUUUUAGCCAUAUUGAAACAAAAGGACAGCAACUAUAUACCAGCUGGUUUUGUUCCACCAAAUGUUAUGAAUUCUAUGGAAAGUCAGAAAAUAAAAAAAUAAAUAUGGAAAUU